AUAGUUGUUUGUCUCAUAACAUGAAAUUGAUAAAUGCUAAUAAAAAAAGCAAAUAACUGUUAACUCUAAAUGAAUACUUUUAUAUAUAAAUGCAUAAUAUCAAGGCAAAUCUGAAAGUCUCAACAAACACAAACUUCUCAGAAUGUUUGACCCUAGACACCUUAAAAGUGCCAAGUUACUUUUAUCCUCUCUGUUUAUAUUCUCUGCCAUAAUUUUUGUUAUCCAUGCAUAUAGUAUCAAUUACCAUGAUUUCCUACACUCUGCUACAAAUAAAGAACCUUCAGAGAAUUUGCAAGCUCAGAGUCACAGAUUCAAAGAGCAAAUAAGAUCAACACUUUCUAAUCUGCCUUUACACUCCAUUCAAGAAGAGAAUGUUAGAAUUCAAGCUGGAAAUCAGAAUGAUUUGGUUGCUCCACUCGGUGUGACAGAAUUAGAGAGAAUAGCUUGGUUUCGGAAAAACCUGCACAAGUUUGAUAUUCUCAAGUCAAACAACUCGACCCGCAGAUUUCACAGCAGAGUUCUAGAAUUCUUCAGCCGUGAAUGCGAGGCUCAGUUUUUCAUGACUUGGAUUUCGCCAGCAGGCUCGUUUGGUGUAAGAGAAUUGAUGUCCGUGGAAAGUGUUUUUAAGGUUCAUCCCGGCGCAUGCCUUGUAAUUUUGUCAAGAACUUUGGAGACCACGGACGGCUACACAGUGCUGAAACCGUUGCUCGACAGUAGGUUCAAGGUUCAGGUUGUGACCCCAGACUUGCCUAUUCUGUUCAAAGGGACACCGGCCGAAGCUUGGUUUCGUGAGUUAAUAAAAGGUAAGAAGGAUCCAGGUGAGAUUCCUUUGUCACAAAAUCUAUCUAAUCUGAUAAGACUUGUAGUGCUCUAUAAAUAUGGUGGAAUCUACAUAGAUACAGACUUUAUUGUUCUAAAACCAUUAACCGGGUUGCGGAAUUCUAUCGGAGCACAAAGCAUGGAUUUAAGAUCUAAGCACUGGACUAGAUUAAAUAAUGCUGUUCUGAUUUUCGAUAUGAAACAUCCACUUCUUCACGAAUUCAUUAGUGAAUUUGCAUUGACUUUUGAUGGAAACAAAUGGGGGCAUAAUGGUCCAUACCUGGUUUCUAGAGUGAUCAAGAGGCUGCUGAAAAGACCCAGUUUCAUAUUUAAGAUCUUGCCACCUAUGGCUUUCUAUCCAGCUGAUUGGAAUAAGAUAAGGGGGUUUCUCAGGAAGCCGAAAACUCAAACUGAAUCGAAAUGGGUAGAAGCCAAAGUGCUUCAGCUCUGUGCGGAGACUUAUGGGAUUCAUCUAUGGAACAAGCAAAGCAGAAGAUUGACAAUAGAAGAUGGAAGCGUCAUAGGAAAACUUGCAUUAAAUCAUUGUGUCAUUUGCAACCAUAUAUUUAGUUCUUAGAUAACAGUUCUUGAAAAAAGAAAAAAAUGGUGGAGAAGGAAUUCUAUUGUGAAUACCAGUUUUUCAUUAUUCCCCUAUCUAUAGGAAACACUAUGAUACGAUUGUAAAAGAAAUGCAAUUAUGGUUAUACAAAGCAAAAGGUAUUCUCUAGCAA